CUGGUAAUAGGGUCAAGAAGUGUUAAAUAUAUUGCCUUGUCUGGAGUUAUUAUAGCUCAACUAAAAGUUCCAAUCAACCAAAAGAAAGAAAGAAUAUUUCCCACGUACAAUAUCAUGAGUGGUUUUCAAUUCCAGUCCACACUUGUCUUUGCUUAACUUUGGCCAUUUCAUUGUAAAUUCAAGCACAUUUCUGGUUUGACUCAAUCAAUUUCACGUCGCAGAUGAUUACACAGCUUAUCAUUAAAAAACAUCUGACACACACUGAACUAUGAGACUAUGAGCUUAAGACUCACUACUGAUGUAAAGAGUUUACUAAUAAACGACUUCUUGGAAACGACCAAGUGUGUUUUCCUAUUAGUAAUCAGUUUUUAUUUCACGAUGAGAGCUGCUUCACCGUGUCAUCGGAAGGAAGUAAAUGCUAUGUGAACAGAUUUAUCUUGAUAAGAAAGCUACAUGGCCGCAUCUCCGCCCAGGAUCACACCCACCUUAUCUGCAGCCUCAAAACUCCAAGAAACACGGUGUCACCUACACUGACAGCGCUCUGAUAGACGAAAGUCGACCUUCUUGACAUUUUUUGCUUUACCACAACGUGCCGUGAUUCAGAGGGAAACCGUUGCGCAACACACGAGAUGAUCCUGAGGAGACUCUGACGGUGAGCUGAAACGAUUGCAGGAAGAUGUCUUGUCAUGGGAAGGAUUUAAUGGAGAAUAUUCAAUUUGUACCUCCUCUGGCUCUCCACGGCAUCUCCAUGGACAACAGGGGAGCGCACUACAAAGAUGCGCUCCGGCUCGGGUUGCCAUUCCACCUGGAGGCUUCAUACCUUGACUCCGUGCACGGCCAGAGGUUGCCCUACGGACGACUGUCAUACUUCCCCUUCCACGGACCUCUCGGCGUGUGCGAUUACUCCUUCGAGCCCGCGUUUAUCCGGAAAAGAAACGAAAGGGAGCGGCACCGGGUGCGCUGCGUAAACGAGGGUUACGCGCGUCUCAGAGAGCACCUGCCCCAGGAGUUCGAAGACAAGCGGCUCAGCAAAGUGGAGACACUGCGGGCGGCUAUUGACUAUAUCAAACACCUGCAGGGCCUGCUGGACUUAAACGCCUCCGGGAUGGAGAUGUCGCUUGGAGACGCGCGCAACCGCGAGUCGAUGUCAACCAGGACCGAGUGCAACAGUGACGGAGAGUCCAAAACCAGCCUCAGCGACAGUGGGGAGAUUGUUUACUAGUUGUUUCUCCCUCAGACUUGCUGAUUAUUAAUAACGUGUAAAGAAAAAAAGACAAACGAAAAGCGAACCUUGUUUUUUAAUGUUUUAUUUGUUUUUUGUUUUUGUUGUUUUUUUUACAGUAAAUGUGCACAGUGAAUGAAAUCGACUGCAAUGGCUAUGAAUUAAUAUACUGUUACUGUCUGGAUUUGUUCCGUAAAGACUACAAUGGGAAUAAAGUCAGGGAGUAAGAACGGAAUCAGAGAAAGAAAGACUCUUCUUGACUACUGAGAAAAUGUCACAGUCUCAUCAAGAAAUCCUUCCACGGAGUGAAAUAUAGUUUCAAAUUAAACUAUACUUUUGUAUGAGAGUCUUUCUUGUGGAAAUGCACGAAACAUUAUCAACCAUGUGCUUUCUAUUACUAAUGCCUUUCCCCUUGUGAAACUACUGAAAAGAAAUAUGUGUUCUCGGACCGGGAUUAUGUUUGAUAUCAUUAUUAUGAUUUAAUAGGACGGCCAAGUGGCCAUGCUGUACAAGUGAAAAUUAGGAUUUUGGAUAACAAGAUGAUCACUUCAUUUUUUUUUUAUUUAUUAUUAUUAUUAUUAUUAUUAUUAUUUUUUUGUAUAGUUAAAGUAGAAUUUUUUACAAAUCAGGGCGUAAUUUGAUAUUACACUAUUGUGGCCUUCAGUGACUCAAUCAUCAUUUCAAAUUAAAAUGAAAUUAAAUUACUCUCCUCCAAAGAUCUAAAUUAAAGAACAAAGACUGGAAAUUCCACACAAGGAGGGAAGGUUUUACACCGCGUUGCUUAUGCUAUUGUUUCUUUAUUUUUCUUAAACUCUCUUGGCAGAUUUAUUCUCACAAAAAUAAACAUUUUAAGUUGAUCGACCCUUAAAUGCACUAAUAUUUAAUCAUAUGCAUCUGUUUCGCUGAUAGUGACUUACUGAUUAGCCUAUAAUGUUCAUUUAAACUUUUCUUAUGCACACAUCUAUGUUGUCCUGUGGUGUUAAAAUUAGAUGAACUUCAGUAAUCAAUAGAGUACUUUGAUGGCAGUUUUUCCAUCUGUACCAUUUGAAAAAGGUCUUUUUUUUGCAGCACAUUUUUGCUUUUGACUUAUCAAAUCCAAAGCUUUCCCUGUCAGAGACUAAAACUCUUGAGCUUUAGUUACGGAAAACUGAGUUCUUAAGUGGUAACCUAAGAGGAGAAAUUACAUUUCAAGCCUGAAAAAACUAAGGAAGAAGAAUGUCUUCUUUUUUUUAAAGUGCCCUUCAAAGACCACCUACUUAUUGUACCAUCUCAAUUUUCUCAGGAAGUUUUUCUCUCCUAAUAGCUUAAGGAAUGUAUUUAUCAGGGAGCCCUCAGCCUCAAAAGAGCAAACUCUGGCAACACCCUCCCCUGCUGUAUUAUUUGGUGUUUAUGCUUCCCACCUCCGCUGACCUGCAUGGAAACAGCGCUUCUGAUUUUCUGUAAAAACCACAAAUAAAAAAAUAAAAUAAAAAAAGUAAACACUAUAUUGUAUACAAGUAAUAGGAAUUUGGAAAGACCAGCAGAGCGUGGUUCAAGUGAACCAUACUGGUACGGGAGAAAUGCAUUGAUGGCCACAAAGGCGUGACAACCCUUCGACAAAAGGUGUUUAGCGGAGCAGUGUGUGAAUUAGACCCAAUAAUUAGCCAAGUGCUGGUACCCUGGGCUUGAUGGUUCAGUGGCUCUGAGAAGAUAGAAAGCAUGAAGCUACUUAAAUGAAAGCCUCCAUCAUAAUGGAUGUUUUCUUUCCACAUGCACACAGGCAGAUUCUAAUCAGAUUCCUGCACAGAUUCCUCGCAGGCCCCGCUCAGUUUCACUGUUAUGCCUAUGCAUGCAUGUGAUAGAAUCCAUGAGACAUUAGAUCAGGUUGAUUUGGAUCAUGAUUUAACACUUGGCACGGUUGCGGCCAUAUGGCAACAUUUACUUUAUCUCAACUGUACUAAAAGAAAGUAUACUAUACUAUACUCUUUAAUUUUGAAAAUAGGCAUUUACUUUGAUUUUAUGUAUCUGGGAAAUCCUGUUUUCCACCACCAGUACAAAAGGUUUCAGCAUUAAAUUAGAACUGUCCGGGGAAAUUCUACUUAUAUUAUUUAUUUAUUUUUUUAUCUUUUAAAAAAUUACAGUGAGACUGUUGUAAAAAUGUGUUGCCAUAUGGCAAUUACUGUAUAUGCAAGUAUGGAACUGAACUGUGUGCAUUCAACCUAAUAGACUGUAAAAAAGAUAAUUACAAAUAAUUACAAGCACAAUUUUAUGAAAGCACAUUUAAAAGGCGAAUUAUUAAUGGAAAUUAUAUUUUGUCAUUUCUUUUUGUCAAGUUUCACACAGUAAAUGAUAUAUUCUUUCAAUUCUUCCUAUUGUAAAUAUUGUACAGGUUGUAAAAACACUGUGAUAUUGCCCAUAUAGUAAAGCAAUUACAAUUUUGUUAUUGACCUAUAUUACAACCUACAAUUAUAUCAAUUUCACUGUAUAAAUACAUUUUAACAAGUGUAAGUUGGGUUUGUUUUGUUUUGAAUAAAAGCAUGUUUUUAUGGGACGAAAUUGAUUUUAUGGCACUUUCCAGAAUUGUACAUUGAUGCAACUGUCUACGAAUUACACUACCUUUAUUUAUUUAUAUAUCAUCUUUAAGGAAGAAUUCAUGCAAUAGAGACACAAUUCUGAUUCAUCUUCUUGUAUUGUGUCCUAACCUCCCACACAUCAGGUUUGGGAAUCUGUCACAACAUGUGACACACACACAUUUGUUGGGCUAUCUUUGUGUCCUUCUGUGACAUAAUGCAUUCCUGAGCCCCAAAUACUAAACAUAAUUUAAUUGUGACCUUUAUCCUAUGACUGAACAUAUAACGUCACCCUCAAAUGGCUUUGCAAAGAAGUGAGGACAGGCCAAAAUGUCCUCACUUUGCACAAAUGUCCUCACUCCGAAGGUGUAAUACUGCACACUGGUCCCCAGAAAGAUAGCUGUACAACCGCACACACGCACACACAAACAUUGUAUUGUAUAAUUUCUUCUUUCAGUUCUCUUAACGCUCCGUACAAGCAGUGAUUCCUUUCAGAAUAAGAACAAUAUCUCAUCCAAACAGACCGGCAGAGACACAGGGCCCCCAUAGGGCCCCGGAGUAAACACACUCCUGAGGACAAUGAUGAGUUCAAGGUUCACCUUAUGGGGACAAGCAAUCUGACCUCGAUUUUGAUAAAGAAUACAAAAAAAAAAGGCAAAUAUCAAAACACACGGGAGAGAUAGCAUAGAGAAAUCAAGGAAGACGUAUGGUAGAGUGGUUUCAAAUAUUUAAUUUUGUUCCCCGUUCAACAACUGCAAGACGGACAUACAUUCUCACCGAGCUCUUUAUUAAUACUGCUGAUGUUUUCCUGAGUGCGCAAGGCUACACAUUUGUGCAGGAGAGAAAAUUCCUCCACUCACACACGAUGACUAGGCGAGAUAAAGUUUAUCAGUCGCAGCAAGAUCAGUGCGGGACCACCGGGAAAGGCUGCAGCGACAUGUUCAGACAGACAGCCCUCAUACAGGGACGGAAACGGAACAACCGGGAGAAACAGGACGCACAAAGAUGCUGGGUGAGCCUCUUUACACUGCAGAUAAACUCUGGUGCGGUGCAACUUCAGUAUUUAAUGUUUAAAUUGUUUAAAAAGCUAGUCUUGCACAUUGCACAUCACAAGCUCAUAUUUUAUUA